UUGUCCUAUAAGUACCCAGACUCGAACUCCAAUCUAACCCAGGUGGAGGAGAAGAGGAGAUCCCAGCUGGAGAGAUGAGACUGUCCCAACAGCUGCCCCUGGUGGGCUUGCUUCUCUUCCUCCUCUUCCCUGCUCACCUCUGUGAGAUCUGUGCGGCAGACAGUAAACAACAGGCCAAGAUCUCUCCUCUGAUGACCAUGAUGAUUCAAACCAAGGAGCGCUCCCCAGCCCUAGACCCCAGCAUCCUAAUUGCUCUCAGACUGGCGAGGCAAGACUACAAGGCAGCCGAGAAGACCUUCCUGGAGCGUGUCAAACAAACUAUCACGGAGCAGGGGGAGACUUUAUCCUCUGGACAACUUGCCCUGAAUAUAUUGGCACUGACAGCUGCCUGCGAGACACACUUUGUAACCACUCAAAAUUUGGUCACAAAGCUUGAAGUGAAGUUCCGAAAGGAAUUAAACAGCAUUGGGGUCUCUGGCCACCCAUUGACUAAUUACUAUCAGGUUGGCUUGGAUGCCUUGACGUUGUGUCUUCUAAAUGGGACUUUACCCAACCAAACUGCUGAAUACCUCUCUGUAAAACAAAAUAAGUAUUACUUUGCUGGCCAGUUCUUUGUGGACACUGGGGCAGUUGCUGUCCUGGCACUGACUUGCUUGAACAGGAAGCACCCAGAUCAAAAUAUCAGCAACACCAUAACCCAGUUUGUGGGGAUGAUCCUAAAGAGGAAAACAAAAGAUGGCAUCAUUGGAAAUAUCUAUAGCACAGGAAAAGCCAUGCAGGCCCUUUUUGUGUCCUCGGAGCAUUAUGACGAAGGAGCCUGGAAUUGUAAUGAGACUCUUCAAACCGUGAUAAACCAGAUUUCUGAGGGAACAUUCAGAUUGCCCAUCACCGCUGCCCAAGUGCUGCCUGCUCUGGAGGGCAAGACUUACCUGGACAUAACGCAAAUUUCCUGUCUGCCAAGUCCAAGUGCAGAUCUCCUCCACAUCUGGACUCCAAAACCUGGAGAACCCACUCGCCAGCCCACGAGGAACAUCUUCGUCACAUACAGAGUGGUGGAUCUCAUCAAUGACCACAUCAACGACUCCACCUCUGUCUCGGUGCCCAAGGGUUCUGUCUUCCUGAAAGUGAUGGAGGCAGCGCAAGCGAAAAACUACACCCGGUUUUGGUUCACAACAGAGUCAAGUGACUGGGGGCCAUAUGUCACUUCUGUUCGUGGUAUUGAGGCCAACAGUAACGACAGAACUUACUGGCAGCUCCUGUGUAAUGAUCAGCCACUGAGUCAAGGUGCUGGGAGCUUUGUCGUUUCUGCAGAUGAUCGUCUAGAGGUGAAGCUGAGUAAAUACUGAGACAAGAGACAUGAGAGGAGGUGCCCAACCAUGAUAUCCAACAUUUCCAUCUAUGUGUUCUCCUGCCCCAAGAUUCCAUUGGGAAACAAGGGACCCCUUGCCUUUCUCUUUGCUCAUCUCAGCAUCUGUGGGAAGUCAAGCAGCUUUAUCCUCUCUCCCUGCUUAUACAAUAAAAAUUCAAUGGAAAAAUAGUAUUAUUAACCAUUUCCACUAAUAAGAUACCUUUGGAGAUCCAAGAAAGCAACUUUUGUCCACCCACCAUUAAGAGAAUUUAGGCAAUAAAAACCUGGCAUGGGUAUAAGUAUUUAAAAGUGCAUCGUGCUUCCUCUGCUUUCCUAAUUGUUCCUAAUAACAACCCUGGGAAAUUUAUACAAUGAAUCUUUAUGAAUAUCAUUUAGAAGAUGAAGAAAAUGAAGCUUAAAGAAGCAAAGUAAGUCAAGAUCCUGGGACUUCUUGGCAGAAGAAAACUUUGUGAUAAUCUAGCCCAUUCUCCUCAUUUUAUACAUCAGAGAACAGAGAUUCAGUUGAUGGGGUUCUUGCUCUACAUCAUGAGACCAAAAGGGAAAUCAGAUAUAUUAAAAAUACAAGUACCUCUUUUUAAUUCACAAAUCCCAAAUAAGAAUCUUUGUUCUAGACUAAUGGUUGGAAUCAGUGGCUACCAAACUCUCCAUUAAACAAUUAGAUCAAGUGUUUAUUUGAUAAAAUGAUUUUUAGGCUCUUUUGACCUCUUCAUUUUGCUGAUUGCUUUGCAUCAGUUAAAUAUUUGUGAGAAAUGGUAGUGAUUUUUGUCUUAUUUCUGUUCCUUUAUCCAGUACCCAUUUUUGGAGGCAGCAAUAAAAUACAGAAGCUAGUUUUAUUGCA